AGUGAUUAAAGAAGUCUGCAAAGGUUGAAAUCCCUUUGAGAUAAGGGUUCCUCCAAGAUGACCAUUAACUUGGGUCUGAAGGCUCUUCUGGGCUGGGUCAAAUCCAUUAAACUGUCCGAAAAUAUGUUAACUCUCGACGAUUUAAAAGAUGGGGCCGUCCUACUGGAAGUUGUUUGUUUGCUGAAAAAGGAACCAAAUUCCUGUUUCUGCAAAUCCAAUGAGGAACGAUUCAAGGUCAUAGCAGACUUUGUGGAAAGGGAUUGCAGGUUUAAUUUGACCAGAGGAACAUCGUUGUCUUGGGACAACAUACAAGCCGGCGUCAACCUAACCAUCGAAAUUGCAAAGGUGCUUCUGCUGCUCGUCUACCACGACAUCAUGAACGACCGCCUGACUCUCAACACGCUGGAAUGCGACGUGGAGCGAGAGAUCGCCCACCUGACCGGCUCCUUCGUGAUGGAGAACGACGGCUGUGUUUACCUGAGCAAAGGACUCGAUGCCUAUCUGGCCAGAAAACAUUUGCCGGUCGCCCGUGAAAUCUUUGAGCGCUCGGCGACCGUCUCGACCUCCGGCGCAUCGACCGCCUCCUCGUUUUCAGACGAAGACUCGCCCGUCUUCCGCCGCGCGCAGAAUGUCUCGUUCGUGAACAUGCAGACGGUGGCGUCCUCCUCCACCAGCAAAUCUCCCCUCCAGGAGAUCAUGAACACGCCCAAAUUUCAACUGAGGAAGAUGCAGCGGCAGGUGAUGAAGGAGAGAGACUACAGAGACGGGCUGGAGAGGGAGCUGGCCGGCAAGCUGGCGCUCAUCGCCCAGAGAGAGUCUCAUAUUAACCAGCUGCAGUACCGCCUGGAUAAAAUGAAAGAAGAGCAAAGUGACCAGGAGAGCGUCAUCAGGGAGCAGCUCAACGAGCUUCAGACCCAGAACGACAUGUUACACAUUCGUCUCAAUGAGAUGGUGAAGCAAAUUAAAGACUUCAAGAGUAACUCCUCCCUGAUGGAGCGCAAAGUGGACGAGCUGUCGGACGAAAACGGCGUUCUCUCCUCCCAGGUGAGAACUGUGUGUUCACAGCGGGCCAUGUUUGAGGCAGAAGUUGGCAGGCUGACCGAAACCCAAGCGUCCACUCAGGACGAGUGGAGAAGCAAAACAGGACACUUGCAAUAUGAACUGAACCAAGCUACCACUGAAAAGGAGGUACUGUCUGAACAAAUUCAGAUCCUGCAAGGAAAGAUCUCCUGUUUGGAGGAUGAAAUAAAGAGGGCCACUGAGCAAGAGGCAGGAGAGAACAUGGGGCCUAUAAUAGAGAGAGAAAUGUUGGACACAGAAAUCAAUGGUUUGAAGAAUGAGCUGGAGAGCACAAUGUGCUCCCUGAGAGAGGCUGAGGUGGAGAUUGAGGCCAAAACGCAGCAGCUGGCAGAGUAUCGGCAAGAGAUUAAUGAACAAAAAGAGCUCCUGAAGCAACGAGAAGCCCAAACUCAGGCAAUCAUUCAAGCCAAGGAUGACUUUUUAGACAAAUUGGAAAAGGAGAUGACCGAGCAGAGAGCCGUCAUUCAGCAAGAGAUCCAGGAUCUCAAGAUUCAACUUGAGCAAGUUGAGCAGCAGAAAACGGAGCAGAGGACCAGACUACAACAGCAAAUUGCUGCUUGUGAACAGGAAAUUGAAAAACUGAAGGAAAUUAUGAAAGAGAAGGUAGGCCUUUUGCUUCAGUCUGACGAAAAUGUGAAAAAUCUUGAGACAAAGUUAUCUGCUGCCAGUUCUCUCUUGGCGGAUAAAGACCAACAGAUUGAUAGUCUCAGAAAAGAAGUUUCCAUCCUCACAGAUAAAACCCAAAACAACCAAAAUGAAAUUCAAUCCAAAGAGGAAAUGCUUGCCACGUUACUCCUGGAGAAGUCUAAUGAGCAAGACUUUUUUUGUAAUAAAAUCCAGAGCCUAAGGGUCCAGGUGGAAGACCUUAGCUCGUCUCUCAAACAGGCUGAGCAAGAAAUUCAACUGAAGCAAGACCUGCUGGCCACCACCCAACAGGAGAAUGUCCAACAACGAGAGGUCCUCCAACAACAGAUUGUGACCUGCGAAGUGACGGUUCAGAAGUUGAACAAAAAAAUCCAGGCUAAAAACAAGCAGCUUGGUAUUCUGAAGACGGAAAGCUCCCAACAGUCAGAAUUGCUGGAGCAUGAGAUCACAGGUCUGAAAAGCCAACGAGAACAACUGAAUGACUCUCUCAGGAAGACCGAAGACCAGGUUGAGACUCAGAAAGGUAUGCUAACAAAGCAAGAGCAGCAAAGUGCUCGUCAGACGGAGGCCCUGCAGCAACAACUGUCUGCUUCUGAAGAGAGGGUGAAAAGCAUGAAUGAGGAGAUCCAGACUAGAGAGGAACAGAUGAUCACGUUGAAGAAUCAAAGUUCACAGCAGUCCGAACUAUUGCAUCAAGAGAUUCAAGAGUUAAAGAAACAAGUUGAGUGUCUUAGUUCCUCACUGAAGAAUGCAGAGAACAAUUUGCAAUCCAAGGACGAACUCUUUGCCGAACAGCAACUACAGAACACUCUGGAUAAGGAGUCACUCCAGACGCAGAUCGUAUCGUCUCAAGAUGUGGUGAAGAUGCUGAAUACUGAGAUUCAUGCAAAGGAGGAGCAAUUGAUUCUGCUAAAGACUGAGGCCUCUACUCAUUCUGAGUUGCUGCAGCAAGAGAUUGAAAGUCUGAAUAUACAGAUCGAAUGUGUGACUGAAUCUCUUCAGGUCGCUAAGGACCAGGCUCAAGCCAAAGAAGAUUUGAUGGCCAAGCAGGAGCAGGAAAGCACUCUGAAGAUUGAGACAGUUGGAAAGCACAGCGCCGCUCUUGAGGAGGAGAUCAAUCGGCUGAGGGAGGAAAUCCAAACUAAAGAGGGCGAGGUAGACUUGUUGAAGGUUGAGAGCUGCAAGGAGUCACAAGUGCUACACAAUGAAAUCCAAACUCAGAAGGACCAAGUCCAAAGUUUGAACGAAUCCCUGAAGACAUUAAUGAAGGAGGUUCAGGCUAAAGAGAACCUGCUGACUCAGAAGGAAAUGGAGAUUUCUCAGGAAAAAGAUGCAUUUAAGAAGAUGAUCACAACUUCCGAAGAUGAGGUGAAAGGACUAAGGGAGCAGAUCAAUACUAAAGAGGAACAACUGGCCACACUAGAAAGAGAAGGCUCCACACAUUCUGAUAUGCUACAGAAAGAAAUCAAAUGUCUCAAAACCCAACUCGCCAAUAUGGGUGACUCCCUUACCAAACAAGAGCAGGAGAGUGCUCAUCAGAAGGAGCUUCUUCAACAGCAAAUGUCAUCUUCUGAGGAAGAGGUGAGGAAGAUGAAAGAGGAGAUCCAAGCUAAAGAGGAACAGAUGAGUUUGCUGAAGACUGACAGCUCAGGACAGUCAGAUUUGCUGAAUCAAAAGAUUCAAGAGUUAAAGAAACACGUUGAGUGUCUUAGUUCCUCACUGAAGAAUGCAGAGAACAAUUUGCAAUCCAAGGACGAACUGUUUGCCGAACAGCAACUACAGAACACUCUGGAUAAGGAGUCACUCCAGACGCAGAUGGUAUCGUCUCAAGAUGUGGUGAAGAUGCUGAAUACUGAGAUUCAUGCAAAGGAGGAGCAAUUGAUUCUGCUAAAGACUGAGGCCUCUACUCAUUCUGAGUUGCUGCAGCAAGAGAUUGAAAGUCUGAAUAAACAGAUCGAAUUUGUGACUGAAUCUCUUCAGGUCGCUAAGGACCAGGCUCAAGCCAAAGAAGAUUUGAUGGCCAAGCAGGAGCAGGAAAGCACUCUGAAGAUUGAGACUGUUGGAAAGCACAGCGCCGCUCUUGAGGAGGAGGUCAAUCGGCUGAGGGAGGAAAUCCAAACUAAAGAGGGCGAGGUAGACUUGUUGAAGGUUGAGAGCUGCAAGGAGUCACAAGUGCGACACAUUGAAAUCAAAACUCAGAAGGACCAAGUCCAAAGUUUGAACGAAUCCCUGAAGACGACAAUAGAACAAGUUCAGGCUAAAGAGAACCUGCUGAGUCAGAAGGAAUUGGAGAUUUCUCAGGAAAAAGAAACCUUUGAAAAGAUGAUCACAAAUUCUGAAGACGAGGUGAAAGGACUAAGGGAGCAGAUCAAUACUAAAGCGGAACAACUGGCCACACUAGAAAGAGAAGGCUUCACACAUUCUGACACACUAAAGAAAGAAAUCAAAUGUCUCAAAACCCAACUCUGUAAUAUGGGUGACUCCUUGACAACAGCUGAGGAGAAAGUUCAAGCUCAGCUUGUCAUGCUCACCAAACAAGAGCAGGAGAGUGCUCAUCAGAAGGAGCUUCUUCAACAGCAAAUGUCAUCUUCUGAGGAAGAGGUGAGGAAGAUGAAAGAGGAGAUCCAAGCUAAAGAGGAACAGAUGAGUUUGCUGAAGACUAACAGCUCAGGACAGUCAGAUUUGCUGAAUCAAGAGAUUCAAGAGUUAAAGAAACACGUUGAGUGUCUUAGUUCCUCACUGAAGAAUGCAGAGAACAAUUUGCAAUCCAAGGACGAACUGUUUGCCGAACAGCAACUACAGAACACUCUGGAUAAGGAGUCACUCCAGACGCAGAUGGUAUCAUCUCAAGAUGUGGUGAAGAUGCUCAAUAUAGAGAUUCAUGCUAAGGAGGCGCAAUUGAUUCUGCUAAAGACUGAGACCUCUACUCAUUCUGAAAUGCUGCAGCAAGAGAUUGAAAGUCUGAAUAAGCAAAUUGAGGUAGCUAAGAUCCAGGCUCAAGCCAAAGAAGAUUUGAUGGCCAAGCAGGAGCAGGAAAGCACUCUGAAGAUUGAGACGGUUGGAAAGCACAGCGCCGCUCUUGAGGAGGAGGUCAAUCGGCUGAGGCAGGAAAUCCAAACUAAAGAGGGCGAGGUAGACUUGUUGAAGGUUGAGAGCUGCAAGGAGUCACAAGUGCUACACAAUGAAAUCCAAACUCAGAAGGACCAAGUCCAAAGUUUGAACGAAUCCCUGAAGACGACGAUAGAACAAGAUCAGGCUAAAGAGAACCUGCUGAGUCAGAAGGAAUUGGAGAUUUCUCAGGAAAAAGAUACCUUUGAAAAGAUGAUCACAACUUCCGAUGAUGAGGUGAAAGGACUAAGGGAGCAGAUCAAUACUAAAGAGGAGCAACUGGCCACACUAGAAAGAGAAGGCUCUACACAUUCUGAUAUGCUACAGAAAGAAAUCAAAUAUCUAAAAACCCAACUCGCCAAUAUGGGUGACGCCCUUACCAAACAAGAGCAGGAGAGUGCUCAUCAGAAGGAGCUUCUUCAACAGCAAAUGUCAUCUUCUGAGGAAGAGGUGAGGAAGAUGAAAGAGGAGAUCCAAGCUAAAGAGGAACAGAUGAGUUUGCUGAAGACUGACAGCUCAGGACAGUCAGAUUUGCUGAAUCAAAAGAUUCAAGAGUUAAAGAAACACGUUGAGUGUCUUAGUUCCUCACUGAAGAAUGCAGAGAACAAUUUGCAAUCCAAGGACGAACUGUUUGCCGAACAGCAACUACAGAACACUCUGGAUAAGGAGUCACUCCAGAUGCAGAUGGUAUCAUCUCAAGAUGUGGUGAAGAUGCUCAAUACAGAGAUUCAUGCUAAGGAGGAGCAAUUGAUUCUGCUAAAGACUGAGACCUCUACUCAUUCUGAAAUGCUGCAGCAAGAGAUUGAAAGUCUGAAUAAGCAAAUUGAGGUUGCUAAGGACCAGACUCAAGCCAAAGACGAUUUGAUGGCCAAGCAGGAGCAGGAAAGCACUCUGAAGAUUGAGACGGUUGGAAAGCACAGCGCCGCUCUUGAGGAGGAGGUCAAUCGGCUGAGGCAGGAAAUCCAAACUAAAGAGGGCGAGGUAGAUCUGUUGAAGGUUGAGAGCUGCAAGGAGUCACAAGUGCUACACAAUGAAAUCCAAACUCAGAAGGACCAAGUCCAAAGUUUGAACGAAUCCCUGAAGACGACGAUAGAACAAGAUCAGGCUAAAGAGAACCUGCUGAGUCAGAAGGAAUUGGAGAUUUCUCAGGAAAAAGAUGCCGUUGAAAAGAUGAUCACAACUCGUAAAAAGAAAGAACGCCUUCUCCUUCAGACGGAGGAACAACUUCAGAUACUCCAGACCGAGUUUUCUGCAGUCAACACACUCCUGACUGAUAAAGACCAACUUCUGAUCACUCUCAGAGAGGAGGUCACAGCCAAGGCAGACUUGAUUCAUAAAGCAAUGGCUCAGUCUGAAGCCAAUGAGAAACUGCUGGCUCAGAUGAAGGAGGAGUGCUCCAACCAAAUAAAUGAGAUUCGUUGUCUGAAACGGGAAAUGGAAACCGCUCUUCUGGCUAAAGAGCAGCAGCUCGUCUCCAUGAAUGCAGAGCUCAACCAAUACAUGGAGACUCAAGCUGAAGACCUCCGACUGAAGGAUGCUCUCGCUGAGGAAAAAGAAAUCCUCGCGAGCAGGAUCUCCCAGUCAGAAAAUAAUCUCAACGCUCUGGAGAAACAACUUGAAGCCGCGGUGUUGGUGAAGGAGAGACUCACUCGGGCCAAUCGGUCCAUGGAGAUGGAGAACACGGCCUCUCAGGAACUGAGAUCUGCGCUACAGCACAAGCUGGAAAUCUUGAACAUUGAAAAAGGAAAAGAGAAACUCUUGACGGCGAAGGAAAACGCGGAGGAACUUGAGACGCUGAAGCGAGACCUGCAGGACCAGCUCUCCGCUAAGUCGGUGGCGACGGAGCACUACAAGGCACAGAUGGAGAAGGCAUUGACUCACUACAACGGAAAGAAGCAGCUCCUCCAGGAAAGCCACGGGGAGGUGCUGGAACUCAAGCACUCCUUGGAGGUCAAAGAGCAAGAUGUCAAGGCCACCGCCAUGGAGAACCAGCUGCUGCAACUGGAUUUGGACAAGGCCCAGACCAACGAGAAGGCCCUGCUGAGCCGAGUGGCUAGUUUGGAGGCACAGCUGGCUUUUGCUGACCGUAACCUGCGGGAACAGAAUAAGUUUCAUGGUUACGAGAGAAGUGCAACAGGGUCGUGUUACCUGGAGGUUCCCUUUGGACUCUCGGGUGUUGAAACCAGAGCUCAGGUGAAGAGAACCGAGAGCUCCGACAGCCAGGACCAGAGCUCCCUGGAGGACUCGCUGAACAACACGAGGAAACUUUCAGCGCCCGACGAGUCCAGCACGCCGUUUGUUCGCAGUUCCGAGCGCUUGGCAGCGAGACGUCGAGGUCUGGAGGCGGAGUCUCUGGAGACGCUGUAUUUCACCCCAAUAAACACCAGACACGUCAACAGGACCGGCGCCGGCCGGGCCUCGGAGCUGGAUUCCACCCGCAGGAACCCGAGUUCGUCUGUGAAGCGCCGCAGGACGACGCAGGUUAUUAACAUCACCCUGACCAAGAAGACGCCGGGCAGCGGUGAAGACGAGGAGACCUUCUUCAGUCUGGCCUCGGCGCGCUCCCAGCCGGACCUCUCCGGACCCGUUCCUCUGGCGCCGCUCGGCACGCCGGCCAGAACCAGCAGCGCCGCCAGCGACCAGCUGAUCGGGCUGCCGGGCUACCGGCGCAGCACCAUCCAUUCACAGACCUCGGGGACGUUCUGUGCCGGCGUGGAGAACGAGCCGGACGGCGCCGCAGACGACUGGAGGCGGAUCGCUGAGCUGCAGGCGAGGAACAAGGUGUGUCUGCCUCACCUGAAGAGCAGCUACCCCGUGGAGUCUGACCCUUGCCGUGGCAGUACGUUCCUCUUCACCGAUGAGGAGUUGCGUCAUGGCGAGCCGUCAGAGACGUUCCGCCGGGCGUCCAUGAUGCCGGGUCAGCUGCACAACUCCCUGACCUCCCACCGCCUCUCCUUCAUGGCGGGGCCCUCGGGGGCCGCCGCCCACCCCCACCGCCUGUCCCUGAUGCCGCUGCCGGCCAAGAGCGCCGGCGCCGCUCAGCCCAAAGGAACCAAGAGGGCCUCGUCCACGUGGUCGGUGAACCAGACCUCCCCCGAGAAAAAGUUGAAGGCGAGCUGCUUCCCUCGACCUCUGACCCCCAGAAACAAGACGAGUGAACCUGCAGGAGCUCGUCUCCACCCGGCCCUCAGUCCAGCCGACCGGCGCCAGUCGAUGGUGUUCAGCAUUGACAACACGCCCCUCCGCAGCAGCAGCUACCUGAAGAAGGGCCUGCAGAAGCUCCGCGGCUCCACCAGGAAGUCGCCGGGCCGAGGCCUCAAGAAGUCGCCCGCGCCGCCGUCGGCCCGCCACGCCCAGGAAAACGUGCACGCCGGAGCGGCGCGGGGGGGCGGGGCCAAGUCACCGCAGGUGGGCCCCAAAGCCCCGAGGGCCUCCGGCAGGGCGGCCAUGUCUCCUCUGACGGCGAGCGCUCGCAAGAAGCAAUCGUCCGUCAAGGAGGAAAACGUUACCGGACGCCUCUAAAGAUGAUGAGCAGGCUGAAGAUGUGACGACGGCUUCCCGAUCGGACUCGUAAUCGUCUUCACUUCUACUUCAUUUGACUUUUCUUUUCUUGUUUUUUACUCUCCCACGAUGUCGUUGUCCUUGUUGUGACCUUCAGGGAUUUUAUUUUUACAAUCUUUUCUUAAUCUACUUUUAUUUCUCCUGUAUUAUAUUUACAUGUUUGUCAAUAAAAAGAUUUUUAUCUACA